UUAACUAUUUUUUUGUGGCUGCUGAAAGGGCUAAACGGGGUAGAAACGACAGAAGGGAAAAUAACAACGUCGGUGGAAAGAAAGCGAGAGCUUAAAAGCACUGGGAGCGAACCAAGGUCAAGAAAAAUAUAUAUUGCUAAAGCAAGGGAGUCCCGGCAUUGGUGAUUUCUAUAUUUUAGAGAACUUACGCGCGCCAACAUCAUAUUUGUUUACAUAAGAGGACAGUGUAACCGAUAACCAUGACGACUGAAAUGCAGGAGAUCGCCAUGACUGAAGAGAAGCCUUUACUGCCAGGUCAACUGGAUGAUGUGAAGGGAGCAGACAUUGCAGCCAGGAUACUGCUGGAUCAAGGCCAGGAAUACAAUAUCGAGACCCCUCAUGGUUUGCUCCAUGUGACACUUCAUGGCACAGUAAACACACGCAGACCCGCUAUAUUUACCAUCCAUGAUGUGGGAAUGGAGAGUAAGACCUGUUUCUCCACUUUGUUUAAGUUUGAGGAGAUGCAGGAGAUUGUGAAGAACUUCACUGUGGUCCAUGUGGAUGCUCCAGGACAGGAGGAUGGGGCAGCGGCAUAUCCUGCAGGAUACCAGUAUGCUUCAAUGGAUCAAAUUUCUGAGAUGCUUCCUGCUGUCUUGCAGUAUUUUAAUUUCCGCACAGUUAUCGGGGUUGGUGUUGGAGCCGGAGCUUACAUCCUGUCUAAGUUCACUUUGACUCACUCUGACACUGUGGAAGGUCUUGUUCUGAUCAACGUUGACACAAAUUCACGAGGUUGGAUGGACUGGGCCGCCCAGAAGCUCUCCAGUCUGACAUCUUCCCUCCCAGACCAAAUCCUGAGUCAUCUCUUCAGUCAGGAAGAGAUGUCAGCAAACACAGAGCUUAUUCGGUCACAUAAAGAGAGAAUCGCUAAAGCGGCCAAUCUCACCAAUAUCGAACUCUUCUGGAAAAGUUACCUUGGUCGCAAAGAUCUGGAUAUUGACAGGAACAACACUUUUAAAUGUCCUGUGAUGUUGGUGGUUGGUGAUCAAGCUCCCUAUGAGGAAGCUGUCGUGGAGUGUAACAGCAAACUAGAUCCAACUACAACCUCAUUCCUCAAGAUGGCUGAUGCUGGUGGUAUGCCACAGCUCACCCAGCCCAGCAAAGUGACAGAGGCUUUCAAGUACUUCAUCCAAGGCAUGGGAUACAUGGCAUCAUCCUGCAUGACUCGUCUCUCUCGUUCACGCACAACCUCUCUCUCUUCCUCAUACUCGAUGGAGGGGUCCCGUUCCAGAUCCCGCACACUAUCCCAGGGUUCACUGGGUGGACAGCUUCCUCCAAGCCCAUCCCAUACCAUGGAGGUGUCCUGCUAAGGGGAGCCAGAGAGGGGGAGAGAGGUGGAUAAAUGGGUAGUUAAAAGUUUGAGUCAUUUGAUUGGUGGAAAGUGCGAGUCACUCUCUCCCUCCCGUCAUCAACUCGUCUGGCAGAUGAUAGGGCCCUUUAAGCUCUGUGACAUGUGCUGGGCCUUUAAUGAGACCCAAUUGUAGUGUUAACCAAUAAUAAUAAUACUUCUAAUAUGAAUAUUGAUUAUGACAUUAAUAUCACAGCAUCAAUGAAAAAACGUUUCUUUUAGUUAUAUGUUGAAUUUCUAAACAAAAGAAUAGAGAAAAAAAUAUACAGUGUAAGCUCAUAAUGUGUGUAUCAACUUCUUUUUUGAUUUCGUUUUUUGGUGUGCUUUUUUCCUUGUUAUUUUUUUCUCUUAUACAAUCCUGCUGCUGUCAGAGGGGUACAGUAUUUUAGUCUGUACUAAUGUGGUGACCCAAGCGGAAAUCUGUGGCAACAGUUUUAGGUUGAAAUAGUUGUCUCUGUCAAUUAUAGCCAGCUCAUGUCUAUCAUUUGCCCAUAUGAGAAAAGUUAUAUGUUAAAAGCAAAAGAGAAAACAGCAAAAUACUGUAAUUCUAUUUUGCCUAGAUUUAUUUGGUUGUGGGGUUGGGGCCAUGUGAUCUUUGCCUGUUCUGAAUUGCAUGUCAAAAUUUGAUUGAACACAUUAGUCUACAAUUUUUAAUUGGGAAAAUGCAAACAAGUUGUUCCUUUAAAGUGAACAUAUGGCGAAUGGUGUUCACAACUAAUUUAACUUCCUUAAUGUUACUUAUUUCUGAGUGAAACAGUAUAUUCAACAACAAAAGAAGUAGGGUGGGACUCGAUUCUAUACAUCAGAAAUUGAUUGGAUUGUGAAAAAGUGCUUGCCACACACCAUAAUGGAGCGAGGAGUUUGGAAGGAGGGGUUGAAAAUUAAUAGGGAUUUAUGAGGUCAGACAAAAAGGAAAGUUGCUUCAGAGGUCGGAGCAAGAUGUUGCAUUUUGAUGCAUUUUUCCAUUGAAAUGGCAUGCAUUGAUGAAUUGCUUACAAUAAGACCUGGAACAUUUAUUCAAAUAGUACAAUUUCAUGUCAUGUUGACCACUUUACCAAUCCUGUUAAAUUUUGGUGUCAAGUGCCUCCAGAGGAGCUCAGCCAGUGGAGCACACUGUGUUAACCAUUAGUAUCAAAGCCAAGCGGUGUACAACAAAUUGAUAACUUAAAAAAUACAUUUGUGGAGUCUAGUUAGCUCAGCGAUUAUUGACGGUGACUAACACAUGGAGUCACAAGUUCAAAUCCAGGGUGUGCUCAGCGAAUCUAGCCAGGUCUCCUAAGCAACCAAAUUAUGAAGCCUUUUGAAUUUGUCCAAUUCAAAGGAAAAUUAUAAAAAUAAUUAGCUCUAUUCAUGCAAUAUUUACCUAAAACAAGGAGUUCCUCUACCGUGUAUCCUGUCAUUUAAUUUGUAUAAUGGACAUAAUAGGAUAUAAUGAGAAGUGUUUGAUUGUAAACGUUCAAGAUGAGUUCACAGUGAUGAGCAUUUGUCUUUUUAAAUUUCCACCUUGCUCUCUAAUAUAACUUGAGAGCAAUAGCUCUGGCUUGGAGUGUACAUAAUGCCAUAGUGACGUGUACACAAGAGUAUCAAUAGGAUCUUCUUCACAUGUGCCUAUUUGCAUGUCUGCCCAUUUUAACAUGCCUGAAAGUGAGCCAGUGUGUAGUGCAUGCUUUAACACUCUGUGGAACAUAUCACUUGUUUCAAAGAAUGACAAUAACUCAAACCAGAGGAAGAAAUAUGCUUGUCUUAUUUUGCUGACUAACCAGCCCCUUUACUGCCAAUAGGGUAUAGCCAUGUUGCACUUAUUAACCUAAUAUCCCAAUAAAGCUCUUCCAAUACACAAGGGUAACACUUUAAAAUAAUGUUAUGUUAUUUUAUGUUAUAAUAUGUUAAUAUUAGUUAAUGCAUUCAAUUAUAAACUAAACUAAAUGUUAAAAUCAUUUAUUCAUCUAAUUUAUGUUAAGGUAUAAAUAUACUAUUGAUAAUUUCUAGCUCAUAAAACAUUAACUAUUGUUAAUGUAAAAAUGUAGGCCUUUUAGUAGUGAGAUUAGUUAGUAAUCAACAUUAGUAAAUGCUGUAGAAAUAAAGCACAUAACUGUUAAUCAGAAGGACGCUGGUUCAAUCCCCACAGCCACCACCAUUGUGUCCUUGAGCACGACACUUAACUCCAGGUUGCUCCGGGGAGAUUGUCCCUGUAAUAAGUGCACUGUAAUUCGCUUUGGAUAAAAGCGUCUGCUUUUGCAUAAAUGUAAAUCUUUACAACCUUAUUGUAAAGUGUUACCUUAGCAAGCCAAUGAGAUUAUCAAGUUAGCAUGCCCUUAUGCUCAAGCUCCCACAUUUUCAUAGAAACAUUUAACAUUUUCCUAAAAGCACUUAAGCUCUCAGUCCCAGAUAAGUAAUACCUUAAAAAUAAUGUUUUAAUUGAAAGAGCAUAUGCGUGUAUAUGUAUAUAUAUAUAUAUAUAUAUAUAUAUAUAUAUAUAUAUAUUCCAUCACAGCUGACACUUGCCAAUAACAACGUAGAUCAAAAUUCUCACAAACCCAGAUGCAUCAUCAUCAAUCACAUUCAGCAAAAUACUGCACUGAAAAGUAAAUAAAAUAAAAUCAGUCCGAUAGUUUUAAAUUUACUGGAAAGUUCUUCUAAUAAUUAUGUGCAAAUGUAAUGUUUGUACAUUUGUUGCAAGUAUAGGAACCGCAGCACUGUGUCCAUGGAAAUAAUCACAUAUUUCAAUUGUUUUGAUUCUGUUUUAGAGACAUUUUCUCAUUUAGGAUUGAUAGAUUGUUUCGUUCUAACUACAUGUUUAUGUUGGGAAUAUUAAUAAUUGUGCUUAAGGUAAAUAUUAAAAAGUCCACCCAGAUAUAUUAGAACCUCUACCAAGAAAUGGAAGAAGAUGGAUUCUGAAAUGUUUUACCUACUGAACAGAUGAAUAACGAUUACAAUUGUGAGAAUAAUGACAGUUAAAAACAAACAGGGAUAAAGAUUUAGAUUUACUUGGCAUGUGUGUUGUAAAUGUAAAUGCUUGUCCAUUUUGUUUCUUAUGUUUUUGACUCCUCUCCUUGAUUCAACUCUUACAUCUUUGUCAAUUAUUUUUCUAUGAACUAGGCUACUAGAUUUCUGUCUCUGUGUUUCUCAUGGAUUAGACAUUAGUGAGCUAGUAUUGUGUACAUUUUAGCAUUAGCACUAAAAAGGAAAUAAUAUAAUUAAAACAAAAUGUCAAGAAUAACAGAAUGCAAUCAAAAGUAAUUGUGUGGCGAACUUCUCUGUGUAAUACUAUGAACAACUGGGGGGAAAGGUAAUAAAAAGGAUAAAAUUACACUUAUGUUGAGUUUUCAUAAACAAACAAGAUUAUUUUGUCAUGAAAAUAUAUUAAGCUGUUCAAAAUUUGAAUUCAUUUAUUCUUUCUUUAUAAUAUUAAAAACCUAAUAUGCAAUAAUAACAUUAUCAACUCAAAUAGUUAUAAUUUCUUAAAAAUAUCAGUAAAUUGUGGUAAUUGUCCUCAUCAUGGACUGUGAAAUACAGAAACAAAUUGAACAAUAUAGCUGCAAGCAGCAAUGCGAUUCCUCCUCAAAAUGGCAAAUCAUUCAAAAUUGAUCAGUAGAGGGUUGGGGUUAAACCCUCCCAAUGGAGGAAUCCAAAACGUCUUUCUGUCUUAAUCCUAAACAAAAGAUUUUCAGUGUAAAGGAAAAUUCAUCAUGUCGGAAAUUAUUGGUCCUUGAGUCUUUUUGUUCCCCAUGAGAAAUGUGGCAUGUACACCAAGUUUCAGAAGAAUUUAACAAAUGAGGUGGAAAUGCCAUCACUUUGAAAAUGGGACAUUUGGGCGUGGUCUGUAGCGCCCCCUAAGGGUGAAUGUGGGCCAUUCUUGGUUUGUGGGUUCCUGUUGGCCUGUAGUAUCAAUGUACAAAGUUAGAAAAUAUUUGACCAGAAAAUGGGACUUUUGGCAUGGCCUGUAGGGCUUCUUUUUUUUGUGAUUUACAUAAGCAUAUCACCCCUCCUGAGCAGGGAGGACAAUUUAUAGUAAAAAAAAAUAAA